AUGCCAGCGGCGGCGGCGAGCCUGCUGGCGACGGGGUUGACAGAACCUCAGGAUGUGCUGCAGCAUUGCCUGGCACUCUUUAGAAAGGCAGAUUUGGCAGGGCUGCAGCAGUACCUGCCUGGCAGCUACAGCGCAGCGGUGGAUGCCGCAAACAGCAGCAGCAGCAGCAGCAGCAGCGGAAGCAGCCCCGGCUUGGCGUCCGUUCCUGUCGGCCCGUGGCUGCAGGUGGUGGAGCAGGGACCACUGGCACCGCUGGUGGGGCUGCUGGAUGUUGGGUCACGGCGUGUGCUGCCUGGCCACCUGCUGCGCCGCAGCCAAGUGUUGAGCACCCUGCGCCCCAGCCCCGAUACUUUCCAGCAGCGCGUGGCGCUGACUGCCUGCGCGGGAGAGACCUCGGUUUUUGACUGGCUGCUGCAAUGGCGCCCGGAAGUCAGCAAGUCUGCCAAAGCGGGAGGCAGCAGCUCGGGCAGCAGCGAUGCAGCAGCAGCAGCGGCAGGCAGCGGCGGCGGCAGAUGGGUGUUGGUGUCGGUGCGGCGGGAUGCCAGCACAGAUGUGCCACUGCCCACCACGCCACACCCGCAGGCGGCGCCAGAGGCGGUUGUCAAGGCGCAGCUGGCGGCGCUGCAGGAGGGCGACGUGUUUGGGGCCAGCUGCUAUAACAUGUGGCACCGCAAGGGGCUCACCAGCCGCAAGACUAGCCUGGGGUUCCAUCAUGACGCGCUGCGCGCCAAGCUGCAGCAGCAGCCGUACAGCCUGCUGGUGGGGCACGCUGGCGUGCAGCUGGGCGGCGCGGCGCUGCCCACACAGCGCGAGCAGCUGCAGCACGUGUCAGUGCUGGCGCCAGACGGCACCAGCGCGCAGUUUGUGUGGCGGCUAGGCAUGUCCACCCACGGCUGCUGGAUGGCCUCUGGCAUCUUUUCCGCAGAGGAGCUGGCCGGCGGCCCGCAGCAGGAGCGGCAGCAGUGA